AUGGCACAGACAACCAAUUCUAUUGCAAGGAGCGACAAGAAGAGGGGCCCGCCCACGCUCAUCAAGUACUACCUCGUCGUGUACAAUGUGCUCUCGGCCGUCGGCUGGUCCUAUGUCCUCGCCUUGACCGUCGCACAUCUCGCAGGCCUGGACGUAGCCGCCACUGCAGUGCACCAGUCCCGUGUCGCGUCCUACAUCCCGGCCUCGGUCUCACAGUACCUCCCCAUCGUCUCCCGGCUCGCCGGCUCAACGCACCAUUACGAGAAGCAGCUCCCAGCUGCCCUCGUCCCGCUCUUCCGCCGCGCAUGCUCGACGUACGCUGUAGUGGGUCUGCAAACGUCCUUCGUGCAGAGCUUCGCGCUCCUCGAGGUGCUGCACUCGCUCCUCGGCUGGGUGCGGAGCCCGCUCGGGACGACCAUGGCGCAGGUCGCAAGCAGGCUGUAUCUUGUGUGGGGUGUCACCGCGCUCUUCCCUGAGACGCACACGCACCCGCUCUAUGCGUCCAUGGUGCUCUCGUGGUCGCUCACCGAGGUCGUGCGCUACGUGUUCUACGCGUGCUCGCUGCUCGGACGCGAGCCGCGCGCCCUCCUCUGGCUGCGCUACACCCUCUUCUACGUGCUCUACCCCUCCGGCGCGGGCUCCGAGGCCGGCCUGAUCUACGCGUCGCUCCCGUCGCCGCCCCCCUCGAUUCCGCUGCUCUCGUCGGAGUGGUACGGCUGGGCCCUCCCGCUCUCGUGGCCAUUCGCGACGCCGAGGUGGACGCAGGCGCUGCACGAUGACCUGCGCUGCGUUCUCUUCCUCAUCUGGUGGCCAGGGCUGUACAUCAUGUACACGCACAUGAUGAAGCAGCGCCGCAAGGUUCUCGGCGGCAGGACGCUCGGCGCGAAGCCCAAAACCAGGACAGAAUAA